CCCUAUUUUGACAUUUAGCUUCAUUGCACGUGUAUUAUUUUAUGUUUUGUAUUAUACGCGUAAAUAGUGCAUAAUUUUUUAAAAAGUUUCUAUUUAAAAAAUUAUAUUAUUAAUUAACAAAUGGCGCCAAACACAGGCUCUUCAAUUAGUAUCACGACGCAACCAAAAAAUAAAAAAAUUGUAUUUGGCGAUGAUGGAGAAAUCUUGGACGAGACCGCUGUAAAAAAACUAAAUGCCGAAAAAAAGGAAAAGAAGAAAAAGUUUAAAGUAGAUGAUUCGGAACAAGAUAUAAAAUCUGAAGAUGAAGGUGCACAAGAAGUACUUGAAGCGGCGGAAGACGAGGAUGAUUACUUUGCCAAGCGCGAAAAGCAGCGCCAAAAAAAGAAAGAUGAAAAAGACGAGUUGGACACAAAUAAAAAGUGGUUCAAUGUGUUCCCUGAUUAUCCUUCAUCAGAGGAGGUGCUGGACAUGAAAGAUCAAGAACAAUUGGAAUUACACAACAUAUGCCAGAACGCUUUCGAUGCUGAAAUGCCAACAUUUUUAAAACAUAAUGCCUCCGAUGCGCGUUGGUUGCAAACUGCUUUACGUAAAGGUACAGCCAAAGAUCGAGCCAAUGCCGGUGCUUUAUUAGUCACAAGUAAUCCCUUAGGAAAUUUGGAGGCGCUGGGUAUUUUAAUCGGUUUUACCAAAAUGUCGAAUAAGUCAUCAAACGAAGUGGUGACUAUAUUAGUUGAUUUGUGGAAAAAAGUUUUGCUGCCGCCUCAUCGUAAACUAUUAUCACUACAAAUGCGUGGUGCUGACUGGAAAUUGGUGCGCAAAAAUACAGAAUUAAGCAAAGAGAAACAACAACGUAUAUAUGCUUACUGGCACUUCGAGAAUGAGUUAAAAGAGCACUAUUUUGAGUUUCUAAAAAAUCUGCAACAGGCACUACAAACGGGUCAAGAACAUAAUAAGAAUGCAGGCAUUGUAGCGGCAUCGCAAUUGUUAUCUUUCGCACCAGAAAAAGAGCAAAUGUUACUAACAUUGCUUAUCAACAAACUGGGUGACCCCACUGCUAAAGUCGCCUCAAAAGCAUUGCAUCAUCUUACAGAAGUUGCUCAUCGACAUCCCAAUAUGUGCGGUGUAAUUGUUGCCGAAUCUGAGAAGCUGCUUUUCCGUAACAACAUUUCUGAUCGUGCUCAACAUUUUGCACUUUGCUUUCUGGCCAGUAUUGCACCGGCAGGUCGGCCUGAGGUUUGCUCGAAAUUAGUAAACGUGUGUUUCGCGCUGUUCAAAGUGCUUGUUAAGAAAGGCGCUGUAAAUAACCGUACCAUGCAGGCAAUUUUACGUUGCUUACAAAAGGCCAUCAUAGAGGCAAAACCCGGAGAAGGCUCAACGGAAAUACUCAGCAAGGAUAUGCAAGAUACCAUCUAUCGUCUCGUGCAUUUGGCAGACAUACACGUUGCAGUACAGACGCUGGGUUUACUUCUACAAUUGCUGACUGUGAAAACCGAAAAGUCAGACCGUUUCUACAAUGCACUCUAUAAGAAAAUGAAUGACUUGGAAUUAGUGAAUAUUGGUGUUAAAACCGCCGCACAAUUACUGCAUAUCAUUCAUCGUGCCAUACAUAUAGACUCAAAUUUGCCUCGUGCACAAGCGUUUAUCAAACGUUUGCUACAAUGUGCGCUCUAUAUGCCAGCAAACACAGCUGCUGGUUGUCUAAUUGUUGUACAUAAAUUGCUGCGCAGCCGUAAAGAGUUGGCCGGUGGCAUAAGUCAUUUUGGUAAUGACGGAAAAUCUGCCGGUGAUUUGCCAAAAGCUCUUCAAGUUCACGCUACUGAUGCGGAAUUGUCCAAAUUUGAUAGCGACGGUGAGGAAAAGUAUGAGGAUAUCCGCGAUGAAGAAGAAGCUGCAGAAAAAAUUGAAACCGACGAAGCUAAGGAAAAUCCCUCGACGACUUCGUCGUGGCAUCACGCAAAAGUGGCUUCAACGGCUUCUGAACAAAAAGUACGUGAUAUGGCACCCAACAAAUAUGAUCCAUAUCACCGGGCGCCUGCCUUUGCCGGCGCAGAGUUUGCAUUACGUGAUGAAUUAUUGCUGUUGCGCGAACAUUACCAUCCCACAAUACAAGUAUUCGCCGAUAAUAUACUGAACCAAAAGAGAAUUGACUAUUAUGGCGAUCCUCUUCGGGAUUUCGGCUUACCACAUUUUCUGGAACGUUUUGCCUUCAAAAACCCUAAAAAGUUGGAUAACCAGAAGGAUGAGGCGCCUGUUAUAUCGCAUAAGCGCUAUGUGGCGUUCGGAACGCGUGGCAAACCAAUAAAAAGUUUGACGAAGUCGAACUGCACUGAGGAUGAGAUGUAUAUUUUCAAUUUCCUUGAACAAAAGCGUGCACAAGCGAAUAAAAUCAAGAAGAAGGCUGAUGAUGUUGAGAACGAGGACGAUGAUGAGCUACUAAAGGAAGGCGAAGUAGGCGAUGAUGAAUUUGAGGAAUAUCUUGGCAGUUACUUUGGCAAGAAAGCUAAAGCGGCAGCAGACGCUGAGGAUGCUGAAGAAGAAGAGCUGGACUUCUUAAAGGAAUUGGGUGGCGAAUUGAAGUCACAAGACAAAAGCAAGAAGAAGAAGAAGGGUGCAAACAGAGAUGACGAUGACGAUGCUGUGGAAGACAUUGACGCGGAUUGGGGUGAUGAUGAUAUUGAAGAAACUGAUUUCGCCGGUGGCAGUGAUGCAUCUGACGAUGAGGACGGCUCAAUUAAUGAAAAUUAUGACGAAGAUGAAGAUGAUGACGAUGGUUCAAUAUCACUAGACGAUGAGGAUGCGCCCGCUGAUCUAAGUGAUGAGGAAGAAGCUGACAGCAUGCCGGAGGACAUGAGUGGCACAGAAGAUGAAGAUGAUGAUGAUAGCGGUUUUGCUGCUUCGAAGGGCAAAAAAUCGCAAAAACGCUCACUAGCUUUGAAUGAGAAGAGCUUUGCAAAGAAACUUAAACACAGUGAUGAUAUGAGUUCAUUGUUCGCGGCUGCCGAUGAUUUCGCUGAACUGUUAGAAGAGACGGGUAAGACAAAAGGACAGGGCACUUCGCAAGCAAUUUUCAAUAAGGAUAAAUCAUCGGUGAAACAAUUGAAAUGGGAGGAGAAACGACACUCCAACUCGAAAUCAUACACAAAGCGUUCGAAGAAAGGUGGCGUGAGUAAAAAAAACACUAACAAAAAGAGAAAAUAAAUAAAAUUAGACACUUAGUUCAAGUUGUUAAUUUUAUAAGAAAUCAAUAAAACACAAUAGUCAUAAAUUAAAAAAAAAAAAGGAAACGCAUUUUUAGCACUCAUAAAUCUUUCAGUGGGAAGCGCAUUAAGAGGUAAGCGAUAUAGAAUAUAGCAACUAAACCUUAAAUUAUAAUUGGACUUACACUUGUUCACCCCAGUUUUCCAUUUGUUAUGCCCAAUGAAGUUUUAACACUUAGAAGGAAACGUUGGAGAUGAAAUGGUCAGCGUUAUGAGAUUAUUCGGUUCCGCCAUGUCUCUGAAUAUAUGUCAACUAGUACAGAUAUCUUAUCGAUCAGAAAUUUUGCAUUCGGAACCGCGGAUAUCGGAUCAUUAUAGCAUAUCGCUGCAAUACAAACUAAGCAGUCCAAAUUUGGUCCUUCUACGGAAACAUUUUAAUUUCGCAGAAUUUUGCAAGAAUUAUUUCCCAAGGCAACGGCACAAUUUCAGAACAAAUUGUUCAGAUCGGACUUCCAUACUAUUUACUAUAUUUAUGUACACAUAGCUGUCGUUUAAGCUGACUGAUGUGUUUUCUUGUUUUUAUUUUGAAGCUGUCAGUUUCUAACACUAAAAAGUGUAUAAAAUAUGUAAAAUUUGGGGCGGCCACGAUAUUAAUCGACCACACACCGACUGCAGGUAAUGCACUCGACUACCCCCUUACUCAUCAUUUUCCAAAGAAAAAAAUUUCCCUCUUCUGUAUUUUGUUGUUAAUAAAAGUUUCUUUGAAUCAGUUAUUUUUGUUGUCGGUGUUAAUUUGGUAUUAUUUAUAAUUCUUUCUACAUGCAAUAUACAUACUUACAUACAAUUUUAUAACAAUUUCAAUUUGCUUUUAUUGUAUAUGAUUUAUAUAUGUAUAUGCAUUUCUUAAUUUUAACUAAUUUACUUUUAUAACUAAUUUAUAUUCGACUCAAUUGCUUACUAGAAAAAGUUGUUAUCAAUACUUUGCACUACUUUUAUAUUUAAUACUAAAUAUAUAUUAUUUUUAACUCUAUUGGAUCUUAACCGAUUUCAUGAAAUAUAGUCAUGGUUGCUUAUUCUAGUGUGAAUAAAUAGUAUAUUUUGUUUACCCACACAUAUUAUAAGUACAUACAUAUAUAUGUAUGUAUUUAUAUGCAUAAAUAACUAACUAUACGUGUACAAGCUCUUUCAUAUUCGAUCAUUUCUUCUCUCUCUUUGGCUGUCUCUCUUACAACACAUAAUAUUUUUUUCAAACUAUAUAAAAGUUAUAUGUAUUUGCACCUAGUUGUAUUGCCCUUUUUUCUUACAUGUUUUCCCUCCAUAUUUGUGGUAUGUUUUGAGCUUAAUCAUACUUAUUAGAAUCAUUUUUUUUAGUUUUAAGGCAAAGGAAAUUUUUUCACACAUAUGUAUAUACAUAUGUAUGUAUGUUAUUGAAUAAAAUCUUAAAUUACGAUAUACAUAAGUUGUUGUUGGUUUUUGAAUUACUAGCAAACAUACCAUACUAACACAUGCGAAGCAGAGUUAAAAAAUUGUUAAAUUAAAUAAAAAAAUAAAUAUUAAAAAAUAUAAUUUUAGAUGGUUCGAGAUUUUUGAAUAAAAGAAUGGUUUUUGUUUUUUUUUUUAUUUCGAGAAUCAGAAUAAAAAAAUAUUAAAAUGUGCUUCGGGAGUUUUAAAAUGAAUUAUUUUUUUAAUAUCUUGGAAAUUAGAAUUUUAAAAAAUAUUAAAAUGUGUUUUGGAUUUAUUAAUGAAUUUUUAUUCUUUUUAUAUAUUGGAAAUCAGCAUUAAAAAAAAUAUUCAAACGUAUUUUAGGAGGUUCAAAACAAAUUAAAAUUUUUUGUAACAUUUUGGGAAUUAGAAUAAAAAAAUGAAAUUUCGGGAGUUUUUAAUUAAAUAAUUUUUAUUUUUAUUAUAUUUUUUUUUUAAUUUGGAAAUUAGCAUUAAAAAAAGUAUUAAAAUGUGUUCAAGGAUUUUGCAAGGAAAUUUAUAAAAUUUUGUUUUUUUUUAAUAUUUUUUUGUUAUUAUUAUUUGUAUGUUUUAAUUUUUUAACGAAUAAUAUUAAUUAGUUUCUGGAAAGAUUAGAAAUGAAAAAUUAGUCAAAAAUAAUAUUCAAAAAUUAUUUUUUUGCAAAUAUAUUUUGAAACAUGGAAGUUGAGUUAUAUCACUCGUACUUAUGUAAGUCAUUGAGAGGCCUGUCUUUUUUAAUUUGUAAUUCCGAAAAUCUGAUAUAAUAUAAUAAUUGAAAAAAAAUUGUAAUUUCAAGAAAGAAAAUUAAAAAUAAUGGAAAAACAAUCCCAAACUUUGAAUUAAAAAUGAAAAAAAAAAAUGUUUUAGUACCAUUUUAAUACAGAACUCGCACAGAGCUAUCAUCUUGAAUACUGUUCUUACCGGACAGUAAAUAAACUUACGCACUGAAAUGAUUAGAUUGAUUUAUCAGUUUUUAAUCCGAGAUGUUUGGUAUUUAAAUUUAGGUUUGCAAGUGUUACUGUUUAAUUAAAAUAUAACAUUUUCAAAUUUUAUGACCAAAUCAGUUUUUAAUCCAAAUUUUUUAAACAAAAAAUUCGCAACGCUGCUCGUUUAUAUAAAUAAAGCAUUCGAUUUUUAACCAAUUCAUAAUUUAAAAUAAUUUUGAAAAUAUUAUAACUGAUUUUUCCAUAAUAUUUCAUAAAUGUUUUUUUUUUAAUCGUUUAUAAUUUAUUUUUAUUUUGGUUUUAUUAUUAGUAUUAAAAAAGUUUGCACAAAUGCUGCACUGUGGCAUCUUUUAUUUCUGUUUAUUUUGUUAUUUUAAUUAUUUUCCAUUUUUUUGUCUCUGAUAUAAGGCAACUUUUAUUUAAAGGCAUCAUUAAUUAUAAAUGUUUUGCUUUACCUUUGUUUACUUAAAUACAUAGAUUGAUAAUAUAUCUUUACAAAUAUUUUUGGUUUUUGCACAAAAAAAUUAGUAUUUUUAGUAAUAUUAUUUUAUUAAUAUUUUUGAAAUUUCUCUUUGUGAAGUUGCAUUGUUUGCUUAAGUCAUGUCUGAUUAAUGUUUUUAAACUCCGAUAUGCAUUUUUAUAUUCUUAAAAAACUGCGUAAUGGUAGUUAAGCUAUGCAUACUGGUACAUUGAUAUCGAAUGUCCUCUCGACGUCGGCUUUUCCUACUCAUACAUGCAUAUAAAUGGAAACCUUAAAGGAAAUUCAAGUAUUCAGUAAUCAAUAAUUCAUAUUAU